AUUCAAUUAAAUUGGAAUUAUAAAAUAGUUUUGUUUAAGAUAUAUUGUAUUUGUUAAGUAUUUUUUAGUAAAGAAAGAUGCCUUCUUAUGAUCCAAUGGAUUGCAUAACCCACUUGUUACUGUCAAUUUAUUAAGAAAUUUGAAUGUAUGUUUCAACGUACAUUAUUAUUGUAAAACUGAGAACAAUUGAACUUGAUUUGAUUUGCAAUACUUCAUAAUAGUUUCUGAUCUAAGUCAAUAUUUAUAUAUACAGAUUCCUCUAUGUUUAGUAAGUGUUUAGUUGGAUUUUUUACAUAACAAAACAAAUAACUGGUCAGUCAUAAUGAAAUGAAAAAAAAGAUCAAAUGAUUAGAAUUCUAUUAUAUUUAUAUAAACGUUAUUUAAUUGGCUAUGUAAACUGUUUAAAUCAUCGUAUUCAAAUAUUGUAUGUUUUAUUCAAUUUUCAUACAAGUUUACACAUAGUUUUAGGACAAUUCUAAUGAUAUGUGCAUUAUUAUUGUCAAAAAUAAUUGAUUACAUUUUUGAUAGGAUGCAAGUAUCCGAUUGAUAUUUGUUAUCCACUUGGAUAUAUACGUAGUAGAAGAUAUGUGGAACUGGAUUUGGAUAUUAUAUUACAUUUUAUGGAUAAACAGUAUGUAUUUGAGCAUAGAAGCCUCCGAAAUUACUAUAUUGUCUCUAAAAGAGGCUGAGAUACUUCGUGAAAAAGUAAAAAAUGAAUGUGAACUCAAUCGAACAUUGGACAAGAAAUCUCAAAUUUAUUUUCAAACGGAAUACUGUCUUACGGAAUUUGAUUCAGUAUCUUGCUGGCCACCAACAAAGGGUGGAACAAUUGCUAAAAUACCUUGUCCAUCUCAUGUUCCAGGCGUUAAAAUAACUGGGAUGGUUUAUCGCCCAUGUAAUAUAACUAUCAAGACACAAGAUUUAAACGGGAGAAACAUCAUUGUUUGGAAAUUCGAUAGAUCCAAUUAUAGUGAUUGUGUACAUCAUGAAGACAUAAUGGCGAUCCAUUUGCCUAUCAUACAAACUUCUGUGUUUUAUGGUUACGCAAUAUCUAUGAUUUUAUUAUUAAUAGCUACUGGGAUAAUUUUACGGUUUCGACGUCUCAGAUGCACAAGGAAUAAUCUACAUUUGAAUUUGUUCAGUGCAAUUUUGCUACGUUGCGUCUUACAUUUUAUAAAACAUGCAGCAGACGGUCAAGGGGUUAUUUGCAAAGUAUUCACAACUCUUCAUGUGUUUACAAUUGAAGCAACAUAUUCUUGGGUACUUAUGGAAGCACUUUAUCUUCACAACAGUGUUCUUGUUCAUGUAAUGCAUGAAAGUAGGACAUCUUUUAUUCUUUAUGCUUCUAUUGGAUGGUCCCUCCCAAUAUUGGUAAUUACUGUAUGGGUUUUAUUGAGAAUAUUCGUGACAACAGGUGAUCAAUGUUGGGAUUUAGACAUUGGUUCUGGUAGCCCAAGUAGAAUACUUUUAAUUGUAUAUCCAGCAAUAAUUAUGUUGUUUAACUUGGCAUUUUUCAUCAAUUUAUUACGGGUGAUAUUUAACAAAACACAAUCGCAACCAAUGAGUGAUGCCAAACGUUUAAGGACAUUGUUGAAAUCUACUUCAGUGCUUGUGAUAGUAUUUGGUCUAUAUCAUCUAUUUUUAAUACCGUUAAAUUUAAUGCAAAUUAAUACACAUACUAAUGGACCUGGAUUACUUGAAAUAAUUAAACUUUAUUAUGAACAGAUAAUGGAAGCUUUUCAGGGUUCAUUUGUUGCCAUUCUACUUUGUUUUAUCAAUAAAGAGGUUAUCUCUGAAUUUAAACGUGUUUAUCGACGUAAACAAUAUCUUCACAGUAAUACAGAAAAUCGGCGUCAAAGUGUUUGGUUCAAUAAUCAAGAUGUGCCAUAUGAAUCUGGUGAACGACAAAUAGAUAUUAAUCCUGGAAUUAAAUUGUCAAAAAGCCCAUCUUUAAGUUUAAAACAAAAGCCAUUUACCGAUAGAUUUCAUAAAAUAAUAAAACAUCGGUCGAAUGAUAAGUUUCGAAGACCAUCUGGUCUAAGAAGACCAUCACCCCUUUGUCGAAAUAGCGCAAUAACAACAUAAUAAAAAUAUUUUAAUUAAUAUUACUUGCAUAAUCUUAAAGUUCUUAUAGAUAUUAUUAAUACUUAUCCUCCAGGAUAUUUUCAAUCUUUAUUUUCUUCUGAUGCUAUCUAGUUAAAAUGAGUUCAGCUUUCUUUCUAUGUAAGACUAACAGACAGAGUUAUUUAAGAGGUAUAAAGUUCAAUCGAUAAAGACACAGAAUCUACUUCUUACGGUCCCAAACAUUUAUAAAUUAAAUGAUGUACGUUUGUUCGGAUUAUUGAUGAUAACAAUGAUGUUGAUCAUGAUGAUUUGUAUAAAAUAGCAAAAGCCAUUCAAAUGCAUUACAUUUUAUUUGAAUAUCAAAGUUUAUAUUUUGUUGAAUACUUCUGUUUGUUUUUUUUUAUUUUGCCAACUUCACUGCUGUACAAAAGAUGAUUUCUUUAAAAUUAAUUGGAUAUAAAACUAGUAUUGUAUUAUUUUGAUAUUAAAAAGAAAAUAAUAAUAAAGAUAAAUGUUCUCUA